GAAGAUGAAGAUGAAUUUCACUUCAUUCUGCUCAUUUGCUAUUCUUGUUCUAACAUUUUGCGCGAUCACUGGAUCAGCAGAAGAUAUUGGGAUUUUUGAACCAUACGAUGUUUACAUCAUCGACAACUUUGGUGGCAAUGCUGCUCCCUUGUUCGUUCAUUGCCAGUCUGGGGACAAUGAUCUGGGUGAGCAUACCCUUUCUCAGGGCGAUAAUUUCCAUUGGCAUUUCAGGAUCAAUUUUCUGAGGAAUACUCUCUUCUUUUGCUACCUGAAAUGGGAACAAAAGGAGCUGAGCUUCAAUGCUUUCGACGUUGAUCACAUCAGCGAAAGAUGUGCUGCUACUUCAACUUGCUACUGGUCGGUGUCAGAAGGGGGCGUUUAUUUCAGCAAUGAUAAUCAUAACUAUUUGAAAGAGCUUAACUGGCCUUGACUCUUACAUUUUGAAUGAGAUCACAAUCUAUGAAUAAAACAAGAAUGUUUAUGAUAUAUGCAAGUUUCGUACGU